AUGAUCCCUCUUUUUCCUGUGAAGCAGGCUCCAACAAAUAAGGUUGGCUGCAAGCAUCAGGGGAGCAAGAUAAGAAUUCUCAAGAACAUCAGCGGCGUCCUUAAGCCUGCAAGGAUGACACUAUUGCUAGGUCCGCCGGGAUGCGGAAAGACCACCUUAUUACAAGCAUUAGCAGGCAAAUCAGAGAAAUCGCUCAAGGUCAAGGGAGAGAUUUCCUACAACGGUUACAAGCUGAAUGAGUUUGUUCCUCAAAAGACUUCAGCUUACAUAAGCCAAUAUGAUUUGCAUAUUUCCGAGAUGACUGUGAGGGAGACGCUCGACUUCUCUGCACGUUGUCAGGGCAUUGGAGGAAGGGCAGACAUAUUGAAAGAAGUUAGUAAAAGGGAGAAGCAAGCAGGAAUUAAUCCAGAGCCAAGCAUAGACACGUACAUGAAGGCAAUAUCUGUAGGAGGGCUGAAAAGAACACUCCAAACAGACUACAUAGUAAAGGUAAUGUAUCCAUGA